AUGACGUCGUUCCUGUCGGCCCUUCGCGCCGAAUUCCCUGCCCCCUCCUCGACAGCCAGCUUUGCCAGUCAAAAAGCAACAAUUUCCGAUUCUCCGCGAGUGUCACCGCCCUCUACUGCCAAAGUUACAGCCAGAACAUUCAGAGAUCCCUUCCUGUCGUCGGACAAACUGUGGGAAAUCUCGACUCCUACACAUCAUCGCGACCUGCUAAAAGUCCUGCAAGUAGACCAUGAUUCUCUGCGUGCAGCUAACGAGCGCGAGGCCGCAGUGGGCGCUGUAGAUGCCGUGGUGACCUCCAAAAGGAACAAGACAAAGGACCAGAAACCUAAAGCCAAAAAGGACGUGACAGAGCUGCUGCUUGCUGCGUGUGCUCAACACACAGCAGCCAAUAGCGAGAGCUGUUUCUUUACCACAUUGGAACUGGCCGAGUCUGUGCUACAGACUGUGCAGGACAGUCCUGAAGCAGACACUGUCCAGGCCCAACUCUUCGGUCUUGUGGGCGUGGAAGGCAUGGAGCUCAUCGCAUUCGCAGUGCAGAACCAAAAAGAAUUAAGCAGCGCCAGUGUGACCAAACAGAAGCUGCAGGACACACAGAAACUGCUGGAGAUGGCCGAUAAGUACGAGGGUGGAGGGGCACGCUUAACAGGGUUCAGUAUCCAGACAGAAGCUGAGCAACAAUUCCAACGUCAACAGAGGAAAGCUCGACGUCGAGCUAAUCGACAGAAUGGAGACGACGACGAAGAAGUCAACUGGCUCGAGGCUGCAGGAUACGAUCCAGAAGUUCUGAGACUGCAGAGAGAGUUGGCAGAGGAAGAGAGGAGACUCCAGUCCUCGUCCCUCGUACAGCGCGAGUUUGGAGCUCUGCAGGGAGGAUACGACUCCACCGCUGCGGCUGGUCAACUGGCGUCGGCGGGGGCGCUUACUCUGCCGUCGAACACCAAGAGAACGCACUACAAAGGCUACGAGCACGUGUUCAUCCCUGCGCACGCUAAAAAAGCUCUAGGCAGAGAAGAGAAACUCGUGUCGAUAUCAAGUCUCGAAGACUUUGCACAGACGGCGUUUCACGGGAUCACGGAGCUCAAUCGGCUGCAGUCCAAGCUCUUUAACGCGGCGUACACGUCCAAUCAGAACCUGCUGGUGUGUGCCCCCACUGGAGCCGGUAAAACCAACGUGGCGAUGCUCACGAUCCUCCAGGAAGUCAAGACCCAGCUCAGCCGUGAGUCCAGUCACGGUGUAGCCAACAUGAAGAUCAUCUACGUGGCUCCUAUGAAGGCUCUGGCACAAGAAGUGGUGACCAAAUUUGGACAAAGACUGAAGGCUCUGAAGCUGAAAGUACGCGAGCUGACAGGCGACAUGCAGCUCACGAAGAAGGAGAUCGAAGAGACCCACGUGAUCGUGACGACACCCGAGAAGUGGGACGUCAUCACCCGCAAGUCCAGCACGCAGCAGUCGCUGCUGAGUCAAGUGAAGCUGCUGAUUAUCGACGAAGUUCACUUACUCGCGGACGAGCGAGGCCCCGUCAUCGAGACGAUUGUGGCACGCACACUCCGUCGAGUGGAGAGCACGCAGAGCAUGAUCCGCAUCGUCGGUCUGUCGGCUACGCUGCCCAACUACGUGGACGUGGCGUCGUUCCUUCGCGUGUACGUCCCCAGUGGCGAUUCUCGGAUGCAGAACGCAGCUACGAACGGCGGGAAAGGAGGUUUGUUCUUCUUUGACGCGACGUAUCGACCUGUUCCGCUGGAUCAAACGUUCAUUGGGGUGAGUACUAAUGCCAGUCUGAAGGAGGCGCUGGGGUUGAGUGCAGCGGAGCUGUCUACCGUCACAGCCAGUGAGGAGGAUUUGGCGAAGGAGAAGAAAGCAGUAGGCGCGACGAUGAGUAAACAACGGCAGAUCCAGUUGAUGAUGAACAAACUCACGUUGGCGCAUUGUUUAAAACAAGUGCAGCAUAGCGAACAGGUGAUGGUGUUUGUCCACUCCCGGAAAGAAACAGCAGCCACGAUGCACAGUAUCGUCGAGCUGGCGCGUGGGAACGAGGAAGAGCCGGGGACGCUGGAGGCUUUUCUGCCUCCUUCUGAGCUCCAGAUGCCCCUCAAUCUACAGGAACGGGUGCAAAAGAGUCGCAACAAAGAGCUCAAAGAGCUUUUAGGAUACGGAUUGGGGAUCCACCACGCCGGUAUGCUGCGAAGCGAUCGGAACUUGACCGAGCAGCUCUUUGAACUUGGCUACAUCCGUGUCUUGUGCUGUACGGCGACGUUGGCGUGGGGUGUGAACUUGCCAGCGCACUCGGUCCUUAUUAAGGGUACACAGGUGUACAACGCCGAUAAAGGAGGCAUGACGCAGCUGAGUAUGCUGGAUGUGAUGCAGAUCUUCGGUCGUGCUGGACGUCCGCAGUACGAUACCAGUGGCGACGCUGUGCUGGUGACAACGCAAGAGCAACUUCCUCACUAUCUCCGCUUACUCACCACCGGUAUACCGAUGGAAUCCGCGCUGAUCAAGGCUCUUCCGGACCAUCUCAACGCCGAGAUUGUAUCUGGAACAGUGAGCAAUCUGGAAGAGGCCUGCACGUGGCUCAGCUACACGUACUUGUACGUGCGCAUGCGGAAGAAUCCACUGGCGUACGGUAUGAAGCUGGACGACGUGAACGAAGACCCGAUGCUUGUGGCAAGACGCAGACAGCUCCUCAUGGACGCAGCCGAGAAACUGGCGGCGUGUCGGAUGAUCAAGAUUCUACGCGAGAAGGUGCGGCUGGAUUCCGACCAGGAAGGCAAAAUCGCGUUCGCCGUGACGUCCAUGGGCCGAGUGGCAAGUCAUUUCUACAUCCAACACACGUCGAUCGAGACGUUCAACGAUCUCCUGGACAGUAAAGCAGGACAGAAAGAAGGGGACGAGGACGAUCUGGACUGGGAGAAGGCGCUCCUGGUGCUGUGCAGUAGCAACGAGUUCGAACAGCUCAAGUCGAGGGAAGAAGAGAUGCCGGAGCUAGAGAAACUCAAGCGCAGAUUCGGCCGCUUCGACGUGCUGGGCGGCGGCAUGGACACGUACACGGGCAAGACGAACAUCCUGCUGCAGAGUCUCAUCGGCCGCGCGCGCGUGUCGUCGUUUACGCUCAUCUCCGACACGAACUACGUGGCGCAGAAUGGCUCUCGAGUGUGUCGCGCCUUGUUUGAGAUUUGCCUGAAGAAGAAUAGCGCUCGAAAGGCCGACAAGUUUCUGCAAUUGGCCAAAUGUAUCGACCAGAAGAUGUGGUUCGACCAGAACGCGAUGCUGCAGCUGCCCAAUGUGCCGCUAGAUGUCGUCGGAGAAGUGGAUCGUCGACAUCACAUGAGUUUGUACGACGCGGUGGUGGAUCCCGACGCCUUUAAUCUGAGUCCGAAGAUACAGAAAUGGGUACAGAGCGUCCCGUUCAUCGACAUUGACCACGUCCAGACGCAGCCGUUUGGUGGCAAUAUGAUUAAACUCACGUUCGAGCUGUGUCCGCUGUUCCUCGAGUGGAAAGAAGGCGUUUUCCAGGGUAAAUCGCUGGCGUCGUGGCUGUGGGUGGAAGACGCGGUCACCGGCUACAUCUACCACUCCGAGUACUCGGUCCUGCAUCAGAGUCGCUUCUUGGGAUGGAAAGCAGGCACGCAGAGUCUCGAGAUCGAGUGCUACUUGCCUGUUUUUAUCUCUCCCACGCAGACGGAGGCCAACUAUGUGAUUCGUAUCAUCUCGGACCGCUUUGUGGGCAUCGAAUCCUACUACGAAGUGAGCUACAAGCCCAGUGCGCGCCCCGUGGCUGACAGGAAGGAGGAAAUGUACACGAAGCUGCUUCGUCUGCAUCCUCAGCCUCUGCAGUCGCUGGAUGAUCCGGUGUACCAGGCGCUGUAUGUGGGCAAGUUCCAGUACUUUAACCCGAUCCAGACGCAAGCUUUCCACCAGCUUUACCACCAAAACGGGAAUGUGCUGCUCUGCGCUCCCACUGGUAGUGGGAAAACGGUGUGUGCCGAGUUGGCCAUGUUGAGAGUGUGGAAGCAGCUGCAGGAGAGCAGUCAAGGCUCUGCACGACGCACUUGUCAGUCGCUGAUCGUGUACAUUGCGCCGAUGAAGGCUCUAGCUCGAGAGAAGGUGGCGGAGUGGAAAACCCGCUUCGAGAACAACCCGCAGCUGCGUAAAAAGGUGGUGGAAGUGACGGGGGAUACGCUGGUCAACGUGGAUUUUAUCCUGACCAAGGCGGAUAUUGUGGUGACAACGCCGGAGAAAUGGGAUCUGCUAACACGAAGCAGCUCCAUCGGUCGAGCGUUGAUGACUCAGAUGGCGCUUGUGGUCGUAGACGAGGUCCAUUUAGUGGGCGAGGCGCCUCGUGGAGCUGUGCUGGAAGUUUUAAUCAGUCGACUGAGACGAUUCCAGCGCUCGGGGCCUCCGAUCCGCGUCAUUGGACUCUCGACAGCCCUCGCCAACGCGGGAGACGUGGGUCGAUGGCUGGGAGGGAUCACGUCGAGUCACGCGAAAAACCCGGACGUCGGACAGGUGUACAACUUCCGAGCGUCGGUGCGUCCUGUGCCCAUGGAUGUGCAUAUCCAGGGCUUCCCGGAGCGGCACUACGUGGCUCGUAUGGCUGCAAUGAACAAGCCCACGUUCAUGGCUAUCAAGACGCAUUCCCCCGACAAACCGGUGCUGGUCUUCGUGUCGUCCAAGGCGCAGACGAAGCUGACGGCGCUGGAUUUGAUCCAGUUUUGCGUCGCGGACGACGGCGACAAGCGCUUUCUGAAGAUGGACGAGGCCGUGAUGGACUCGAUCUGCCAGUCGAGCCAGAUUGGGGACGAGACGCUGAAGCACACGCUGUCGUUUGGCAUCGGUCUGCACCACGCUGGCCUGGCGCGGAGAGACCGAGCGCUGGUGGAGAAACUGUACCGAGAUCGACUCAUCCAAGUGGUCAUCUCCACGUCCACGUUAGCGUGGGGCGUGAAUCUCCCGGCGCAUCUUGUGGUGGUGAAAGGCACCGAGUACUUCCAGAACGGCCGCUACCGCUCGUACCCGUUGAGUGAUUUACUGCAGAUGAUCGGACGUGCUGGGCGUCCGCUGCUGGAUGACAAGGGCGUCGCCUGUGUGUUGGUGGAAGAGAGCAAGAAGAACAUGACGCAGCGCUUCCUGUACGAGCCUCUGGCGGUGGAGUCGUGUCUCGGAGGCAACGCAGUGCUGGCGAACCAUCUGAACGCCGAGAUUGCGGCCGGAUUGGUCCGAUCCACAAGGGACGUGAUGGAUUAUCUGAGCUGGAGCUUGUUGUUCCAGCGCGUGCUCAAGAACCCAAGCUUCUACGGCGUCGGCACGGAAGUGGUGGCAGCAGCCACGUCGAAACAGGCCAAGACGGCCUGUCCCAGUACGCAAGACGCGUUGGAGACGUUCUUCCAGCAGCUCAUCUCGACUACAAUGGAGCAGCUCGAGGCUUGUCAGUGCGUUGCAGCGUCACGGACAGACGGCGCGUCAUCGUUCGAGCCAACGUUUGCUGGCAAGCUGGCUGCGUCGCUGUAUGUGGACGUUCGGACCGUGUCCAACAUGCUCACAGCGCUCACGACGGUGUCAACCGAGAGGAGGACGACGGACGACACGUUGCUGCUGCUGUGUGUGAUCUGCGAGUCGAGUGUGGAGCUACGCGACGUCCCACUGCGGCACAACGAGGUCAUGAGUAACCUCAUAGCAGAUCUCUGCGGCAAGGUCAAGUACUCGCCACUCCAGCACUUGUUUGCCAGCGCUCCGAAGCGUCGGAAGGCGCUAUUGGAGACGCAUGGGAGUGAAGUGAAGGCGCUUCUCGUCCUGCAAAUGCACUUGACGGGGAUGCGUCUGCCCUCCAGUGACUUUGUCAACGACCUGCGCACUGUAUUGGACCAUCUCCCGCGUCUGCUGAGCGCUGCGAUCGACCUCUGCGCGCACUUGAAGCUCGCGGAUCUCGUGCUAGCAGGCAUCCGCCUGUCUCAAGCUGUGGUCCAGGGACGAUGGCCGAACGAGAGCCAAGAGCUGCGUCAACUGCCACACGCGUCGCAAGCGGCUGUGAAGCUUUUGAAGGAGCAGUUCGACAUCUCGGACAUCGCUGAGCUACAAGCAGCGCUAGCGGUCAAGAGCAAGAAGACGCAGAUCGUGGCACGGCUGCAGAGUCUUCCGAGUCAACGUGGAGGUCUAACGAAGCACAAGAUCAACGAGUUUGCUCGUGUGGCGGAAGAAGUGCCACGUCUUUGUGUGGAGGUUCAGAAGAGGGAGCUACAGCUUGAGGUGCAGCUGACGGGCUUGAACGACCAAGGAACGAGGAAUCUGGCCUUCACGUCGAGGCUGCAGAAACCCAAACCGUACGGCUUCUACGUGCUCUUGACGAAGAAAGAAGGAGAGCUGGUGCAUGUGAAGCACGUGGCGUGGAAACACAAGGUGAAAGUGUCGCUCUCGUUGCCGACGACUGGUAUCGAGUACGAGGUGCACGUUCUGUCGGAUGCAAUUGCUGGGAUCGACAGCUCGCAUGUCGUCAAGGCCUAA